AUGCCCAGCACUCGUCCUGUGGUCGGGGCGGAGAAGAAUGGCUUCCCACCUCCGCCGCCACCUGCGCAGAGAUGGCUCGCCCGAGACACCAGCUACCAGCGGCUCGCAAGCCAGCUCUGCGCCUCUGAUCCUCGGCUUGGAAACCGAGAUCCCAAGGCUACCAUUCAGAUGAUAGCCUGGGAUGACUCUGGCGUCCGGGCUUUGGCCAUGAGGCUGGGUGCAGACAACAAGUUCAGCAGCGAGGCCGAGCUCACGGACCCGGCCGAAAUGGCCGCCCGGCUGGCCGGACACGCGUCCGAGCCCGGACGGCGGACGGUGUGGAUAGUCGAGGGCCUCGGGCCGGCCGUCGUGGCCGUCUUUGGUGACCACUUUGGGCUGCACCCGUCCGUCUUCGUGGAGCAGGAGCGCGUCGUGGUCAUGAGCAAGAAGCCCGACGGCGAGAGCGACGGCCUGCCGCUGCCGUCGGCCCUGCGCGCCCGGGGCCACGUGUGCUUCAAGUACUUCGAGGUCAUGUGCAUCGACCGCCGCCCGGCCAGCUUUAGGCUGGUCUGCGCCGACACGGGCCGUCACAUCGGCGUCUCGCGCGACGACGGCGUAUUCAACGAGGCCAUCGUGGUCAGGCGCAAGGCCACUUUCUGGAGCAGAAAGAAUGACAACGAUGGCUGGGACUGUCUGAUACUGUGCGACCCUCCCGUCAGGCGCGUCCGCACGGGGGAGGAGUACAAGGACGAGUACGCCGUCAAGACGAAGCCGUACCAGGGCGGCUACGUCGACUUCGUCCCCCACCCGCCGCACGGUCGGCCGAGCCCUCAGGGCCCGCCACGGGUCGGCAUGCUCGACGACCUGGCCUUUUACCUACGCGAGCACGUGGGGCCCCUAGUGCUAGCGGCCCCGGGCGGCGGCGGCGGGGGGCUAGCGGCGGACCCGGACGCGGUGGUGGGCGGCUUCGUGCGCAAGGUGGUGGCGUCGCACUACCUGCGGCAAGCCGAGCACCUCCGGGCGGUGCUGUCGCAGAACCAGCGGGCGCUGAGCCGCAAGAUCGACCUCGCGUCGCUGCCCAUGGACAAGGUCGAGGACCUCUGGAGCGACACGCAGGCCUGGGAGCGCCGCACGGCCGAGUACUGCGAGGACCUCGAGGCCAUCAUGAUGCAGCUGGGCAUCCCGCUCGAGCCGCCCGACCUCUCGUCGCCGCCGCCGCCGGCCGGGCCCGGGGGCGGGGGUGGGGGCGGCUGCCAGAGGCGGCGGGACCAGGAGCUCUCCCGGUGGCUGGACCCGACGCUGGACUUCCAGUUCCUCCACCUCCGCUUCUCGGAGCUCCGGCGGCGCGUUGAGUGCCUGAACGGGGCCGUGACGGGCCUGGCCUCCAUCACGGGCAACCGGCAGGCGCACCGGGAGCAGCAGCUCGCGCUCGCGACGGCGCGGCGCAGCAUGCGCGAGGCGAACCGGACAAAGGCCGUCACGCUGGUGGGGCUCGUCUUCAUCCCGCUCGCCUACGUGUCGUCGCUCUUCAGCAUGACGGACCCCUACGCGCCCGGCGGCCAGGACUUCAAGCUGUACUGGGUCGUGUCGCUGCCGCUCAUCGUGCUCGUGCUGGGCACCUACUACGUCCUGGACCUGGGCUACACCGACGACGACGGCGAUGAAGGGCGCGGCUCGACCUGGUCGCUCCGCGUCUUCCUGGCCGCCAUGAGGGUGAAGCUGCGGUGGGCCCCCCGGCGGGAGGGCGGCGCGAUGCCCGUGUGGGAGGGGACGACGAUGUGCAGGUGA